AUGAAGAGUCCUGGCUGUGUCAAGGAUGUCCAGAGGCUGUCAGGAAGGCUUACCGCACUAUCCCGUUUCCUCGGGGCGUCGGCUACGAAGGCCCUGCCAUUCUUUAACCUGAUGAGAAAGGGGAUAGCAUUUGAAUGGAUCCCAGCGUGCGAAGAAGUAUUCAAUCAUUUCAAAGAGAUUCUUGCAGCACCACCUGUACUCGGAAAGCCCAAGGUCAGAGAGCCGCUCUACCUAUAUUUGGCCAUAACAGAGGAAGCGAUGGCGGCGGUCUUAGUGCGGGAGGAAGGGAAGAUUCAACAGCCGGUAUACUUCGUGAGUAGAGCACUACAAGGAGCAGAACUGAGAUACAGCAAAUUAGAGAAGCUGGCACUGGCACUCCUAACCUCUUCCCGCAGACUACGACAAUACUUCCAAGGUCACCAAGUGGUCGUGAGAACGGACCAAGGGAUCCGCCAGGUGCUCCAAAAACCCGACUUAGCAGGAAGAAUGAUGACUUGGGCCAUCGAGCUAUCUCAGUAUGAUUUGCGAUAUGAGCUCCGACAUGUGAUUAAGGCGCAAGCAAUGGCAGACUUCUUGGUAGAAGUAACGGGGGACCCAACCGAGGAAACGGGCAUACGGUGGAGGCCCCAUGUGGACGGAUCCUCCAACCAAACAUCCGGAGGUGCUGGGAUCAUCUUGGAAAGCCCUGCUGGGGUCAUAUACGAACAAUCAAUCAAGUUUGAGUUUCCCAUAUCGAACGACCAAGCAGAGUAUGAGGCCCUCUUAGGCGGCUUAAUCCUAGCUUACGAAGUCGGGGCUACGAGGCUGAGAGUGUGCAGUGACUCACAGGUCGUCACCUCGCAAGUGAAUGGAAGCUACCAAGCCAGAGACUCGCUGUUGCAGAAUUACUUGGAGAAGGUCAAAGAGUUGAGCAAACAAUUCGAGGAGGUCACGAUCCAGCACAUUCCGAGGGAAAGGAACACACGGGCAGACCUCCUAUCCAAGCUAGCAAGCACGAAACCGGGAGUCGGCAACCGGUCUCUCAUUCAAAGCAUGAUAAAAGAACCAGGAGUUGCCCUUCAACUGAUUUCCUGGAUGGACCCCAUCACUGAUUUCCUAGAAAACGGCAAACUCCCUGACGACGAGAAGGCAGCUAAAGCGUUGAGAAGGGAGGCGGCCAAAUAUGCGAUCAUACAAGGUCAACUAUUUAAAAAGGGACUCAGCUAG